CACCGCCCGCGCCAGUCCCGCUCGGACUGCCGGGCUGUUGCGUGCGGCGUCUCCAGUCGCUCUGCCGGUGGUGUGGUGGAACGACGGCUGCGGAUUAGCGGCGGUGGCAGGAGCCCGGCGGCGUGUGCGAACGAGCCCCCGUGUCCGUCGACCUCAACGGUGGAGCCCGCGCUCUGCUACGCGCCGGCGGCGGCUCCGUGGACCUUGCCGGAGCGCGUGCGCGAACCCCUCAGCGUGCAAGUGUGCCACGAUCAGGGCCGGUGGACACCGUGGGAAGCUGUGCUGUUUCCCCGACGGGCCGAGCUGCCGUUGGCGGCCGCGGGCCGCGACGGCGCCGAGCGGCCCCGGAGCGGCAGCGCAGGUGCUGCGCGCCGAGCGCCGCCGCACUUCGCCCAGCGCCACGGCGAGCGCCGGCGAGCACGGCGCCGAGACGCUCGACCUGUCGCCUGCCGCCAGCGGGGCCGGCCGCAAGCGCGACGUGAACGGCGCCGCUGCCAUGGCCGUGGCCCGCGCGACCGGACAACCGCCACCGGCGUCGAGCCCCGUGUACGCCGGACGCUUCUCCGUCGCUAGCCCCCUCCAGGACGUUCCUAAAGAUGGGCUUACAGACUUCAUUCCCAAAAAGAGCCUUAGAAGAAGCGUUGCGAACGAAAGUCCAAGGAGUUGGAUGGACCCGAAGCUUAUGCUGUCCGCCUCGCCGGACACCAAUUUCAGUCCUAAGAUCUCCGGCAUUCCUUGCGUCGCCGCGGCGUCGCGAUACACGGCACCCGUGCACAUCGAUGUCGGUGGCACAAUCUACACCUCGUCGCUGGAGACACUCACCAAGCACCCGGAGUCCCGGCUGGCGCGCAUGUUCAACGGCAGCAUCCCGAUCGUGCUGGACAGCCUGAAGCAGCACUACUUCAUCGACCGGGACGGCAAGAUGUUCCGGCACGUGCUCAACUUCCUGCGCACCAACACGCUGGCCGUGCCGGACAACUUCGCCGAGCUGGAGCUGCUGUACGAGGAGGCGCGCUACUACGACAUCCCGGCGCUCACGCGGCAGCUGGAGGCUCUGCGCGCCCAGCGGCAGCGGCGCGCCGCCCAGCAGCAGGCGCCGGGCGUGGCCAGCACGACGAGCACGUCGCCGUCGCAGCUGAGCCCGGCGUCGGCGCAGCCCAAGCGACCCGACCAGACCAACCACUGCGACGGCCUGGUGGCGCCCUCGGAGCCCGACGCCGAGCGCUUCCACGACUCGGCCUUCCAGUGCCUGGCGCUCAACAUCAGCCCCGAGAUGGGCGAGCGCAUCGUCAUCAGCGGCGAGCGGUCGCUCGUCGAGCACGUCUUCCCCGAGAUCUCGCAGGCCCUGAUGGACGUGCGCAGCGGGGUCGCCUGGAACCAGGACACCAAGCACGUGAUCCGGUUCCCGCUCAACGGCUACUGCAAGCUCAACUCGCUGCAGACCAUCACGAGGCUGCUGAACGCCGGCUUUCGGGUGAUGGCCUCCAACGGCGGCGGUGUCGAGGGACAGCAGUUCAGCGAGUACCUCUUUGUGCGCAAGAACCUGCCCGCCUGACGAGGCCCGGUGGUGACAGUGCGCGAGAGAACGGGGACGCUGCCGCAGGCCGGCGCCCCGGCGUAGUGGACCGGCUUUUACCUUCUUCUACCCGCUCCAAAAAAGAAUGGGGUUCUCGUGGGAGCGGUGCGAUACAGCCUCUCGGUGCCACAUUACACACACACACACACACACACACGCACCACUGCGCGCGCUCCCUUGCCGCCCGUAGCGGGCCCGGGGCGCGCGCGCUCUGUAAUACAUGCUUCAUCGCUGGAACACAAGCCUGUGUAUCUUCGCUGUCAUAUGGCGGGCCACUCUGCAAUAAAGAUCUCAGACCGCA